AUCAAGUUCCUAUUUUUUGCAUUCAACGUCGUUUUCUGGUUGUUAGGCUGUGCCAUAUUGGGCAUUGGAAUCUGGCUGCAGGUUUCAAAAGGUUCCUAUGUAACACUGUCGACGUCAUUUAAUUUCUUUAGCGUUACAUUUUUGCUGAUUUGUGUGGGGACCCUGAUUCUCCUAAUUGGGUUCUUUGGCUGCUGCGGAUCUUUAAUGGAAAAUAAAUGUCUCCUCUUGGUGUAUUUCAUCCUAGUAGCCCUGACUUUUAUGUUAGAAAUAGUGGCAGCUGUGCUGAUAUUUGUCUACAGAUGGGAGAUCAAUAACUACUUAGCCAGCGACCUGAAAUUAGGAUUGGUUAGUAACUACAAGAGUUCUGACAAGGGUGAAGAUGGUCUCAAAGCUGGCUGGGCCUAUAUACAAUCGAAUUUUAAUUGUUGUGGAGUGUACAACUACACGGAUUGGUACGAGGUGUUCGAUGAUAAACCCCGAGUGCCCCGAGAAUGUUGCGUACACAAUGAAACUUGU